AGCAGCCGCCGCCACCAUCUCCAUCUCAGUCAGCUCCAAGGGAGGAAGCCGUCAGCCAUGUCCGGUCGCGGCAAGGGAGGGAAGGGCCUCGGCAAGGGCGGCGCCAAGCGCCACCGGAAGGUGCUGCGCGACAACAUCCAGGGCAUCACCAAGCCGGCCAUCCGCCGCCUGGCUCGCCGUGGCGGCGUGAAGCGCAUCUCCGGACUGAUCUACGAGGAGACCCGCGGCGUGCUCAAGAUCUUUCUCGAGAACGUCAUCCGCGACGCCGUCACCUACACCGAGCACGCCCGCCGCAAGACCGUCACCGCCAUGGACGUCGUCUACGCGCUCAAGCGCCAGGGCCGCACCCUCUACGGAUUCGGCGGCUGACCUGCGCCCGCCGCUGCCCUCUUGAGUCGGCCUUGCUAGCGACUGCUGCUGUUCCGGUGCUAUGGUUUCCUUUCUGAAUUUGUAUGCGUGCGUUGUUGUUCCGUCGGUCUGUGUAGUUAGCGGGAAGUCGAUGGAUCUGAAUGUAAUGGAAUUCUUGUUUCUUGCAAGGAAUGAAUCUGAAUGCAAUGGAA